GUUAAUGAACUUUUUUUACACUGCACGAAGAAGACCCUCUCAAAAGCACGAGGAAGGAUCAAAUCGGAAACUUAACAGAAUUUAGCUACCAAUUACUGUCUCCGGCGAGAUCUCAAUUUGAUCCUUCACGGUGGCGUCGACGUCCGGGCAACAACAAGCUCUCUCGAGAAGAAAGCCAUUAUCAUCAUCAUCAUCAUCUUCAUCAUCUCCUCCUCCGUCUUCCUCACCUGUUCGAGCUCCUGCGGCGAAGAAACCGAGUCCGGAAUACCCAUUUUGGCAGCAGAACUGGUUUAUCGGUCUGCUAUUCGUGAUGGCUUUAGGAUUCUUCUGUCUCGCUAUCUUCCUUUACCUAAGUCUCGAUCCUGAUUCCGGUUACACGUCUGCCUCCGCCGCUGCUUCUGGUAAAGAAGGUGUCGAGAUUACUUAUGGAAGUGCGAUCAAGUUGAUGCACGAGAAAACUAAAUUUCGAUUACAUUCUCACGAUGUGCCGUAUGGAUCCGGCAGUGGUCAGCAAUCAGUCACUGGUUUUCCAGGCGUCGUUGAUUCCAACAGCUAUUGGAUUGUUAAACCUGUGCCUGGGACAACAGAAAAGCAAGGUGAUGCUGUCAAGAGUGGAGCAACCAUUAGGUUGCAGCAUAUGAAGACCAGAAAAUGGCUUCACAGUCACUUGCAUGCAUCUCCUAUAUCAGGGAACUUAGAGGUUAGCUGCUUUGGAGAUGAUACAAAUUCCGAUACUGGGGAUCACUGGAAGCUUAUAAUUGAAGGAAGUGGGAAGACAUGGAAACAGGACCAAAGAGUCCGUCUUCAACACAUAGACACUAGUGGCUACCUCCAUAGCCAUGACAAGAAGUACCAACGUAUAGCUGGUGGUCAGCAAGAGGUGUGUGGAAUUCGGGAGAAGAAGGCGGAUAACAUUUGGUUGGCAGCAGAAGGAGUCUACCUUCCCCUUAAUGAGAGCAGCAAGUAAGGUUAAGAGUGAAAAAACUUCUCUGGAGGACUUUGAAUCUUAUCUCUUACUCUCUAAACUCACAAUCAAGAAAAUAGAGAUAUAUAUUUCUUAAUUUUCGAUUGGUAAUACUUUUAGUGGCACGAAUAUAUCUUGUUUUGGUAGAUAUUCUGCAUUUAUCUCUUUUUUAGGUCACCCUUAAGAGACACUAUCUUAUUAUCCUGAUAGUAAAUCCAACAAUCCUCUAAAAAUAUCGUCUUGUCUUUCUAAGAACCAUCGUUAUGAUACCUGAGACACAAGUACUAUGUAGUUGGUGAAAUAUGAUCUAUAUCCCCCAGAAGAUCGAUCAAUCGCAAUCGAUUUUUUUCUACCUUUAACUCUUUAAGAUAUCGCAGAGUUCUCGACAAUAAUCUAACUUUCUUGAUACGCCAAGAACAUUUUAGUGCUGAUGGAACUUGUCAAAGAACCCAUGUUUGAAACGUUAGACAACACUAGAGUAUAACAUGAAUUUAACAUCUCAUCCUCACAUC